AUGAUUCUUUUCUUUCUUCUUUCCUUUUUCCUUUACUUUCUUUUUCCUUUUUUUUGUGUUUUUUUUUAUUUGAUUUAUGGUUGUACAUCUAUUUAUUUAUUUUUUAUAUAUUUUGAGCAUUUAUUUUCAUCUUUUCUAUUUUCUGUCUUUUGUUUUCAUGCUUUUUUUAUUGUUUAUUUGUUUUUGUUUUUCUUCGUUUCUUUUUUUUGUUUUUGUUUGUUUCUUUUCCAUGUUUUUCCUACGCCAUUUUUACUACUUUUUUCUUUUCCUUUUCUCUUUGUCACUUUUCUUCUUCUUUGUUGCUUUUCCACUUUCGAUUUUUCUUUUAUUCGUUCAUUCUUAGUUUCUUCUUCUUUCUUUCUUUCUUUCUUUAUUCUUUCUUUCUUUCUUUAUUCUUUCUUUCUUUUUUGUUUUGUGUGUUUUUCUGUGUUAUAUGUUCUGUUAUUUAUUUUUCUUUCUUUGAUUCAUUGUACUUACAUCAUUCCUCAUUGUUACGUUCUUUUUUCUUUUCUUUUUCCAUCUAUCUCUGUUCUUUCUUUCUUUUUUUAUUUUACUUUAAUAUCUCCAGCCAUCCCUUUUUAUUUUACAUAUUUUUAUGUUUUUUGUUUGUUUGUUUGUUUAUUUGUUCGUUUCUUUCUUUCUUUCGUUUUAUGGAUUAAUCAUUCUUAUACCGUCUUUUCCGCUUUUGUUCUAAUUUUUUUCUAUGUUAUUUUUUUCAUUUUCUUUUUUGUUUUCUUUCUUUCUGUUUUUGUUCUUUAUUCAUUAUUUUAUUACAUGGCUACCAGGGACGAUCCAAAAAAUAAAGUCAAUUAUUUUUUUUCGCGAGCAUAG